AUGGCUGGUACUGAGCAGCGAGAAGAAGAGCAACACGCUCAAAAUGCAUUUGACAUGAACUCGGUGGUAGGUCAACGAGACUUGGAACAUGAGAUUACAUUUGCACUGUUAUUCAAUUGGUUUAUAGGCUGGCCUGUUAUAUUCUUAUCAUUUGUUGGAUUGACCAUCACAAUCUCCAAGAAAUACGUUACAGAACCUUUCAUAGAUGAAAUAUUUCAUAUCCCACAAACAAUACAAUACUUCAAUGGAGAUUUCAAGACCUGGGAUCCUAAAAUCACAACUCCACCAGGGCUUUAUUAUCUAGGUUAUAUUUGGUCAAAAUUCAUACAAUUAACCCACUUACCAAUAAAUCCUAUUGGAUUAGGCUCAUUACGUUUGCUAAAUACAAUUGGUGGUACUUUGGUUCUACCUUUUGUGUUGAACCCAUUAUUUAUAUUAAAUCCAAUUGGAUUCUGGCCAAUAAGUAUAGUAUUAUUCCCAAUAUUAUCAUCAUUUUAUACGUUAUAUUAUACAGAUGUUUGGUCCACAGUUUUGAUUGUUACUUCACUAAGUCUUGCAGUGGCGCUGCCUUAUGGAGAUGUUAAAAGUGUUAGAUUAUCUGCAUUUGUUGCAUUUUUAAGUAUUUGGUUUAGACAAACAAAUAUAAUAUGGAAUUUAUUCAUCUUAGUACUUGUUAUUGAAAGAAGGGCAUUAAUUGAAAAAAAAUUCAAUAAAUCAUUUUUGAAUAAUUGUAUCAAAUUUGUUAUUCAAUUUUUUGAAGAUUUUUGGGAUUUUAGUCUACCUUUUAUCAUUAAUGUGAUUUUAUUUACGGGAUUUAUAAUUUAUAACAGAGGUAUCACAUUGGGUGAUAAGGAAAAUCAUGUCGCAGGCUUACAUAUAGCACAAGUUUUUUAUUGUUUUACAUUUUUAACAGUUUUCACAACACCAUUAUGGAUAUCAGAAUUUAGAAUUAAAACAUACCUAAGAAGAUAUAAACGUUUACCAAUAGUCAUACUAUUAGAAUUCAUAAUCAUGGCAAUUGUCAUCAGAUUUUUCACUGUUGUUCAUCCAUUUUUACUAGCAGAUAAUAGACAUUAUACAUUUUAUAUCUGGAGAAAAAUUAUAAAUUUAAGAUGGUGGACAAAAUAUUUAAUGAUUCCAAUUUAUCAUUUUAGUAUAAAUAUAGUUACACAACAAUUAAGUGAAAAUGGAUUUUAUUUUGAUUCAAUAACUCCAUUACCUAUAAAAGAACCAAAAGAUUUACCAUUAAAACCAACAGGAAUUUCCAUAAUUAUGUUAAUCAUUUGUAUUAUAUUAACUAUUGUACCUUCACCAUUAUUUGAACCAAGAUAUUAUAUAUUACCUUUUAUUUUUUUCAGAUUAUUUAUUGCAGUUCCUUAUGAAGGGUUUUUCAUCGGUGGAUCAUUAAAUGAUAUUACCUUGACAAGGUUAAAAUUAGAAUUAGCUUUAUUUGUUAUUAUCAAUAUCAUAACUUUUGUUAUAUUCAUUUCUUAUACAUUUCCAUGGGAAUCUGAAUCUGCAUUACAAAGAAUCAUUUGGUGA